GAGUUCCCUACCUAGUCCGACUUGUGUUAUAAGCUUACAAGCCUUCUCAACAUAUUAAGCCCGCGCCAAUGUCGCGCUUGCGGACAAUGUUGCUAACCAUGUGUUAUCUAACACCAGCUUUCCACUCCCUCUACGGAUAUAUUCCUAGAGUCUAAACGGAGAUUCCGGCCUCGUGCCCACCUACCGAUCUUUCGACUCAUUGCUGUCCUAUCUAUCUAAUAGCUAGAAUUAUGAGCUCCAACACUCUAAAACAAGCCGCGGAAGCAGCACGAACUAAGUCGUCUACGAUGACCAAGCAGGGUUCCGAGACAGUUACUGCCGUGGGGAAUGACUUCCUACACACACCUAUUAUGCGGGCGGCACUCCCCUUCAUUAACGGCGGAAUCUCUGGAAUGGUUGCGACGACUGUCAUCCAGCCCGUAGAUAUGGUCAAAGUCAGACUACAGCUUGCGGGCGAAGGUGUUGCAACUGGUCCGAAACCAACUCCAUUAUCAGUCACGCGGGAUAUUUUGGCGCAAGGCAAGGCUCUAGAUUUAUAUACUGGCCUCUCAGCAGGCCUUCUUCGCCAAGCCGUUUACACCACAGCAAGAUUAGGCUUCUUUGACACCUUUAUGAAAGGUCUCGCGACACGUGCUAAAGAGAAGGGUACCCAAGUCGGUUUCGCCGAGCGGGCAACUGCCGGCCUUACGGCUGGCGGAAUAGCGGCCUUCAUCGGAAACCCAGCCGAUCUUGCGCUCAUUCGAAUGCAAUCGGACGGCCUCAAGCCCAUCGCCGAGCGCAAAAACUACAAAUCCGUCAUCGACGCCUUAACCUCGAUCGUCAAGUCGGAAGGCGUCACGGCGCUAUGGGCGGGCGCCACGCCAACGGUAGUCCGCGCCAUGUCGCUGAACCUGGGCCAACUAGCGUUCUUCUCCGAAGCCAAGGCGCAACUCAAAACGCGCACCCAGUGGUCCGCCCAGUCGCAGACGCUAACCGCCAGCGCCAUCGCCGGCUUCUUCGCCUCCUUCUUCAGCCUGCCCUUCGACUUCGUCAAGACCCGGUUGCAGAAGCAGCAGCGUGGGCCCGAUGGCAGAUUGCCGUACAAGAGCAUGACGGAUUGCUUCGUGAAAGUCGCAAGGCAGGAGGGCCUCACGCGCUUUUACCGCGGUUUCGGCACGUACUAUGUGCGCAUUGCGCCUCAUGCCAUGGUGACUCUUAUCGUCGUGGAUUACCUAGGCUUUUUGACCAGGUAAAUGAGAGGCAUAUAAAAUGAUGCGAUAGGCCCACUUUAUUAUGCACACCUACAUCUCGCUUCGUUGCGACGGUUGCGUACCUACAUACCUAGCCUAACAAGUAUCUUUGCGGAACUGUUCAUCUUAUCUAAUGGAAAGUUUGUUUUGGAAGGGAGAGGACAGACGGGAGACGG